UCUCCUUCUUCCUGCGUCUGCUCCCGCCCGGCCGCCCCGUCCCCUGGGCCGUGCCGGCGCCCUGCGCGCCCCAGCCCGCUGCAAAGAGUUAAAAGAGCCCCGGCGCGGCCCCGACUCUCCCGGCGGCCGUGGGUCCCGGGCCCCCAGCUCGCCGCUCCUGAUUGGCCGAACGCCUGUCAGUAGUAAAGAGUAUCAGAUAGCAAACUUGGGACCUUCUUAAAGGCGUGGCGGCGAUCUUCGGCGGUCGCGGGCAGCCUAUGACAUCAGCCAGGAACGCCUGCGAUGCCGCCGCUCCUGGCCAACCUCCGAGGAGGAGGAGGAGGAGGAGGAGGGUCCUGCCGGCUAAGAGAUAAUUAGCCCCGCUCAGCGAGUGGGGGGAGGCGCCAGUUUUCUGGGGGACACUGGCUGCCACUGUGCGCGCUGCUGCCCAGGGGAGCGCACGGACGCUUGCAUGAGUGCUGGCGGGUUCGCAGCGGUCAGCUGGGCUCCCGGGAGCCUGUUCCAGGUGGAAAGGAGGGGACGUCGGGCGCAGGGACCAGCGGCUCGCUGCGGCUCAACAUGACACUCCUGGGCUCCGAGCAUUCCUUGCUGAUCAGAAGCAAGUUCCGAUCAGUUUUACAGUUACGACUUCAACAGAGAAGGACCCAGGAACAACUGGCUAACCAAGGCAUAAUACCACACUAAUCCAAGCUACAGCAGGCACAUACUUACUGCAAAGCCUGGCAUUGAAAAGUCCAACUGAAUUCCAUGAGCAAAGAAAAAAAUUGGAUAGUGACAAGACUGAAGAUUCCCUGAAGCGCAAGGCCAGAAACAGGUCCGACCGUGCCGACUCGGUUAAUAUGCACAUUCUCCAAGUGCCCUCGUAUUGUUAAUCUGGAUCAUCACUCACUUUGGAAUGUGAUUGGGACUCCUUACCUGGUUCCAUACCCUCUAGCCUCCGCUGCAGAGAGGUCCCUCCCAUCUGCUCAGAUGAAGCUGAAAAGAGCUCGACUUGCGGAUGAUCUCAAUGAGAAGAUUGCUCUCCGGCCAGGGCCCCUGGAGCUGGUGGAGAAGAACAUUCUUCCUGUGGAUUCUGCGGUGAAAGAAGCCAUAAAAGGUAACCAGGUGAACUUCUCCAAACCAGCAGAUGCGUUUGCCUUUGAAGAGGACAGCAGCAGUGAUGGGCUUUCUCCGGAUCAGACUCGAACUGAAGAUGCCCAGGGCUCAGCAGGGUCCCCACCUGACACUAAGACCUCAGAGACCCCUUUGGCCGGCCCUCCGGGGGCGAUCCAGGAUCUUGCUUCUGGCUCAGACAAUGACAAGAAUGACUCCACCUCACAGCCCAGCAACCAUUCAGACCCGGGGAAGCAGGGCCUUGGCCCCCUCAGCGCUCCCAUCCCUGUGCACGCUGCUGUAAAGUCCAAGUCCUUGGGAGAUAGUAAGAACCGCCAUAAAAAGCCUAAGGACCCCAAGCCGAAGGUGAAGAAGCUCAAAUACCACCAGUACAUCCCCCCAGACCAGAAGGCGGAGAAGUCCCCUCCCCCCAUGGACUCGGCCUACGCGCGGCUGCUCCAGCAACAACAGCUGUUCCUACAGUUGCAGAUCCUCAGCCAGCAGCAGCAGCAGCAGCAGCAGCAGCAGCACCGAUUCAGCUACCCUGGGCUGCACCAAGGCCAGCUCAAAGAACCAAGCGAACAGAUGGUCAGAAAUCCAAGCUCUUCUUCAACACCAAUGAGCAAUACCCCUCUGUCCCCUGUCAAGAACAGCUUUUCUGGACAAACUGGUGUCUCUUCUCUCAAACCAGGCCCACUGCCACCUAACCUGGAUGACCUGAAGGUCUCUGAAUUAAGACAACAGCUUCGAAUACGGGGCUUGCCCGUGUCAGGCACCAAAACAGCCCUCAUGGACAGGCUUCGCCCCUUCCAGGACUGCUCCGGCAACCCUGUGCCCAACUUCGGGGACAUAACGACUGUCACUUUCCCUGUCACACCCAACACGUUGCCCAAUUACCAAUCCUCUCCUUCCACCAGUGCCUUGUCCAAUGGCUUCUACCACUUUGGCAGCACCAGCUCCAGCCCCCCCAUCUCUCCUGCCUCCUCUGACCUGUCGGUGGCUGGAUCCCUACCCGACGCCUUUAACGACGCCUCCCCCUCCUUCCUGCACCCGUCCCCAGUCCAUGUCUGCACGGAGGAAAGUCUUAUGAGCAGCCUCAAUGGGGGCUCUGGGCCUCCGGAGCUGGACGGGCUGGAUUCUGAGAAGGACAAGAUGCUGGUGGAGAAGCAGAAGGUGAUCAAUGAGCUCACCUGGAAACUGCAGCAGGAGCAAAGGCAGGUGGAGGAGCUGAGAAUGCAACUGCAGAAGCAGAAGAGAAACAACUGUUCUGAGAAGAAGCCGCUGCCUUUCUUGGCUGCCCCCAUCAAGCAGGAAGACGCUGUCUCCAGCUGCCCUUUUGCAUCCCAACCAGUAUCUGUGAAAAGACAAAAUAAUGGAUCGGAGAGUCAACCGCCGGCUUGCGAGACUGCCCAGCUCCUGCCCCUUGGAAACACCCAUUGUGUGGAGUCCUCAGGUCAAACCAAUGUACUUUCUUCCACGUUUCUCAGCCCCCAGUGCUCCCCUCAGCAUUCGCCACUGGGAGUGGUGAAGAGCCCCCAGCACAUCAGCCUGCCCCCAUCCCCCAACAACCAUUACUUCCUCCCGUCAUCUUCCGGGGCUCAGGGAGAAGGACACAGGGUCUCCUCGCCCAUCAGCAGCCAGGUGUGUUCUGCCCAGAACUCGGGAGCACACGAUGGCCACCCUCCAAGCUUCUCUCCUCAAUCUUCCAGCCUUCACCCCUCUUUCCCUGGAGCCCAGGCAGACAGCAGUCACGGUGCUGGAGGCAAUGCUUGUCCCAAAAGCCCAGGUGUUCCGCAAAAGAUGGCUGGUUUACACUCUUCUGAUAAGACGGGGCCAAAGUUUCCAAUUCCAUCCCCAACUUUUUCUAAGUCAAGUUCAGCAGUUUCAGACAUAACACAGCCUCCAUCCUAUGAAGACGCGGUUAAACAGCAACUGACUCGGAGUCAGCAGAUGGAUGAACUUCUGGAUGUCCUCAUUGAAAGUGGAGAAAUGCCAGCUGAUGCCAGGGAGGACCAUUCGUGUCUUCAGAAAGUCCCGAAGAUCCCUGGGCCUUCCCGGAGCCCUACUGCUGUCCUCCCCAAGCCCUCGGCUUCCUUCGACCAAGCGUCUUCAGGAGGCCAGCUUGCCUUCGACCACUAUGCCACCGACAACGACGAGCACCUUGAAGUCUUACUCAAUUCCCAGAGCCCCUUAGGAAAGGUGAGCGAUGUGGCACUUCUGAAAAUCGGGGGUGAGGAGGCUCCUUUUGAUGGCAUCACGGAUGGAUUCUCUGGGAAGGCUGCCGAAGACCUCUUCAAUGCCCACGAGAUCUUGCCAGGCCCCCUCUCCCCAAUGCAGACGCAGUUUUCACCCUCUUCUGUGGACAGUAAUGGGCUGCAGUUAAGUUUCACUGAAUCUCCUUGGGAAACCAUGGAGUGGCUGGACCUGACUCCACCCAGUUCCACACCGGGUUAUAGCUCCCUUGCCACCAGUGGCCCCAGCAUCUUUAACAUCGACUUCCUGGAUGUCACGGAUCUCAAUUUGAAUUCCCCUAUGGACCUUCACUUGCAGCAGUGGUAGAUGGCCUGAUGCAGCCAUGCUCAGAAAAACCCAUUCCACGGGGAAAAAGCACACUACCAUAAAUUCUCAUGUUACCCCCGCCCCCAGAUACAAAGAAGAAGAAGGGAAUUAAAAAGAAGCACGGAGACUUCUAUGACAAGCAACAAGAACACACAGGGGUCAUUUUUCCAAGAAAAAAAAAUAUAUAAAAUGUCAUAUUUACCAGCAUUCAGUAACUGUCAAUGAUGUCAAUAAUGCAUUCAACAACAAGCUUUCUCAGAUUAUGGAUGCCAAAAAGUAAUUCUUUCACUGCCUUUUCAAAUAUCCAUAUUUUUUCUAGCCCAUAAUUUUUAUCAGGCAUUGUUGGGGCAUAAACUCAUACUAUAAGCUUUCCUCAUUAAUUUACUGUGGAAAGAAAACAAAGUCUUUUGGGAGAAAAGGGAAGGACAUGCUCAUAAUUGAGGCAGUGUCCUGUGUCUCCGUUUUCUGUCUUUCAGAAGAGAAGCCAGGUUCAACUUCAGUGAGGGAGAGUUUGAGGAAGAACAGGAGGACAGAAUCUACCCAUUCCCAGGAAAUCAAAAAUCAACUCGAUGUCCCUCUACCCACAACUGCCCCAUUGGAGUAGUUCCCAUCCUGUACUAGGACUCUUUGUGGUCACUUGGCACAACUCAUCUGUGUUUGGUCUGGAGAUUUCCACCCAAAACUUUCCUCCAUUUCAACCAGUAGCCCAGUCAUUCCCGCCUUCUCUUUGCUGAUAAUCCUUGUGUAUUAGCUGAGAACCUUGAAGCAAGAAAACCUCUUGCCUGGAAGGGGUUCCUCAGGUUCUCCACACAAUUGGCUUUUGAUCCAAAGACCAAAGAUGACCACAUGAGCGGGAAGCCUUAACAGGGAUGAUUCAGACAAGCAUAGAGAGCAAUGUUGCUUCCCGUGCCCCAGGAAUAAACACCAAGGGUUACCAUAUCAGGACUAUUACUUAUGAAGGUCCAACUUCUAUUUUUGCUUUGUUAUGGAAGGAAGGGUCCACCUUCAUUUAUCUCUCUCCUAUUCCACUUUUAUUUCCUUUUUUCCAAGAUGCUAAUCAUUUUUCUCCUCUUUUGUCAGCCCCUCCUUUUCUGUCCCAACAUUGGGAGGGGAUGACUUCUCAACUUUAGUGAGCUGCCUUUCUCCUAACUAAGCCAUUUUUUAAAAAGCUAAAAGUCCAGGUUGUCCUGCAGAACUCAUUCUGCAUAUGCAUAGUUGAAAGAGUUUCCUUAGGAAGAAAUGGAUGACUUGGCCCAACAAGUCACCAAGUUCAUUAUACUCUCAUUGGAUGUAUGAGUAAUCAUUGAUUGGUGUUCCUCUGGGGAAAUUGGAAAUCUUAUAUUGCCAGGAUAAAUAUGGGUGACAUUUACUGGAGAGAGUAUUUCAGGUCCGGGGUUCUGAAAGAAAGCACAACUGCCCACUGAAAAACAAUGGCAGGCAAAAAGACAUGGUCCAACGUGCAUUCCUUAUCAUCUCUCAUGCUUUGGCUGGGAGUUUAAGAAACUCAACUUGCAAGACAGUCUCCACAGGGCUCACUGUGGCUCCAAUUCACCAUUUUAUAGUGUUACACGCUGUAGAAAGUAGCUGUUGCUGUUGUUGUUGUUGUUGUUUUAAUUUAAAUCACUGAGGCACUGUUUUCUUGUGUAAAAAAAAAGUGUUCACUGUGCACUUAUAGAGAAAAGUAAUCAAAAAUGUUGUGAUUUUAGAAGCUCUCAUUUUGAUAAACCAAAGAUUUAGAAGUCAUUCCAUUGUUAACUUGUAAAAAUGUGUGAACACAAAGUGUUUUUGGUGACUGCUACUCUGAAAGCUGCCAGAAGUUGGCGGGAAGGAGACAAAUAUACACACAGACACAUGUGUAUAGUUAUAUACGUUUGUGUAUAUUAUAUGUGUGUAUACACACGUACAUAUAUGUGUAUACAUACAUACACACACAACGUGUGUGUGCAAGUAUCUUGCAAAGCAGUGUUGCAGAGUUCUAUACCAAAAGCCUUUAACCCUUAACAUGCUGUGAAUGAUACCUGGCCUUUCUCACUACAACUUCCUGAUUAAUCUACCAGACCACACGUUGCCUCUCUGUGUAUGACUCAUGGCUCCAGCCCGAUGACUCACAGCCACUUGCUUCCCAUGAACAAGCUCAUCUUGGCAGUGAAUACGGAUGUGAAAAGACAGAAAGUCUUCACCAUUAGUAGCUGGAAAUGGUAAUAUGCCUCUUGUUGAAGAGCACAAAAGGAACAUGAAAAUCAUUUUACAUUCCUUGAUCUGCAUUGUGCUUUGAAAGAUCCACAUGGCAAAUCUCCUACUUUGCUUUUUAUGUCAGUUAUCAGAACCAAAAGCCUAGAGGGAAAAAUUACAGGCAUUUUCUUUGCAGAUGAAGCUAUGGUGAAAGAAAACCUUAACACAUUCCACACGUUGGUUUAUUCUGCCGAUGUUGAUAUGUUUUUUGGGUGUUGACAAAGCUUGUGAUCAGUAUGCUUUUCAGGUGCCAUGUUUUGUUAUUUGUAUGUUAUUCCUCCCUCCCCCUUACUUCCUUUGGAAAACAAAUUCACCUCCUACCCUAUAUCUCAGAAUUAAUCUUCUGAGGCCCUGCUCUGAGUAUUAAUUGUUUUCUCCUUUGAGUAUUUCUAUCUGAAGGACUAGACCUGGUUAGGAGGCAUCUGUAUUGGCGAGAUUGUGCGUUUUUGUUGGGAUUUUAAGAGGAUGUUACCUAGGACUGAUGUAUCUGCCUCGCAGUAGACAAAAGACAAGCUGGCUCCUACUUCUAUUGCAACCCAGCACAGUUCAAAGAGCAGAUCCCAGAAUAACUGGGCUCAGUCUCCCCCCACAGUCUUCAUUCCCUUCAUUCACCCUGUCUCUUUGUAGGUCAUUUGUGACACUAGGGGUGGGGGUGGGGGGACUGUAGACAAUUAAGAGAAAAUUGAUGAAGCUGGCUUCUAUUGGAUCAGAUAUGUUAACUCAUCUGUUUCCUAUUGGAGAUAUUUAUGUCAAGUUCUUUUAAACUCAGUUAUGUUCUCUUGUUGGAUGAGUGUAACUAGCAGUUGUAUGGAGAUGGAUGAAGAAGUGGCCACAUUCAAGUUUCGUAAAGUUCUUAGAACCUGAAGGCAACCACAUGUAGUUUUCUUAACACUGCUUGAGCAACCAGGGUGAUGCAAAUCUGCAGACAUUUGCAACCAUUCCAAUGUUGCUGCAACCCAGUAAAUCCAUACUUAGCCAAUGGAGUCAGAAAAUUCAUUUGUGAAGGCACUUUCAGUAACCCAAUGCUCAUUAUUACAGUUCCUGCUUCUAAGGAUGAUGUUGAGACAACACACAUUCUAUUAUAAGGAAGAGCAAGCGAGAAAGAGAGGGAGGAAGAGAAGGAGGGGGAAAGAGGGAUGAAAGGAAAGAUGGCAGGAAGGAAGGAAGAGAGGAAGGAAGGAAGAGGAAGGAAGGAAAGAGGGAGGGAGGGAAGGAAAGAAGGGAGGGAGGAAGGGAAGGAGGAAAGGGACCUCUCAGUUUAGCUAAGUUGUCACAUUAUGAAAAGUGAAUCACAACUUUGUGAAGAGUAAGUUUAUAAAGAUACCCAUUCUUAACAAUACAGUGAUUGCACCAGUAAGUGAGGAAACAGACAGCCCUCACCUGAAGAGCCAAUAGUCUGUGAACUGAUAGGCUUCUGCCUUUCAAACAUAUUUAUUUCUAGUCAGGUGGGAAAAAUAGAAUCAGUAAAACGUAUCCCAGUCAUUUGAGACAACCCUUUUAAAUCCCAUCAGAUGAGCUCUUGCAGAAACUGAUUCUGGCCUGGUUGAAAACUCCCACAUCAGAUGUACUCAUCCAGUGGAUAGUUAUUUGAUGCCUGCCAUGUGCACAGCAUGCAAAUCUUCAGCUAUCCAAUACUGAAUGGAUUCAGUACAGACUGUUCAGAUUUUGAAUGAUUGAGGAGUUGUAGUUCCCUUAAGCAAGAACAUUAGGAAUCGCCCAGUUCUCAAACUAGAAACCUUUUUGCUGUGCUUAAAAGGGAUCUUGGUUGUUUCCAAAGAGAUUGGAGGACUCUUUCUAGCUAAAAGCUAUCUCCUACACUGAUUUGUGUCUCCUUAUCUGGGGUCCAGUGGCAGUAUCACUUGGAGAUUGUCUGUCAUCAUGCAAAACGGCUGUGACUUGUAGAAUUCGUUUUGGUGGAUGGGCACAGAAGUCCCUUGAAAUUGGAAAAAGGGUAGAGGAAAGCAUCUUUUGUCCCUACCCUAUUCUCAGUCAUCAUAACAAGCUCUCUAAGGGAGAACAGGGUGUCCCUAGUGGGCCUCCGUCCCCUGAGAGAAACAUAAAAAGGGUUAUGAAGGCAAUUUGGUCUCUGCAACAUUCCUUGCAGUGGGAAACCCACAGUGUGCUAGUAGAUACAAGAAAACUUAGAGCAGAAAGUCCGAGGUCUUCAUUUUCCCAUAAAUCCAAUAUAAGGUGGCUCAGAUGCUGAAAGUGCUCCUGCUCUAUUAGGUAGAUGAAAUUAACAGACACAGAUUCUUGUGUCCAGGUUUGGAACAAGAUGGUCUUACUGUGCUGAGGGCUGGUCAGUUGUGGUAAGGAGCUGAAUUUGAUCCUAGAGUCUACAUUUUUAGAGCAGCCCUGGCUGGGCUGAGAUUGUCCAUUGGGAGAUAAGUGAGAAGAAUUUACUUGUAAUGUGCCAAGGAAAUUGUAAUAGGACUCAUUGGAUUCAGUAAUGCUGAAGUUCCCUUCUGAUUCUAGGAUUUGGUGGUUUUUCUCUAUGGGUUAAGACAAGCCAACCCCUGAAUGACUCCUGUGCUCAUUUUAAUCACCUGCUCCCAACAUGGACACUGGUAGCAUGCAUUUCCUAUCAAUGCUUUAGCAGCUCCUAAGCAUUUAUGGAAAAAGGGAGGAUGGGGGGGGAGGGGAUCCUGGAAUCAAACUUAAUGUUUUCCAAAGGAACAGAGCCCACACUGCUCCCCAGAGUUCCUUUCCAAUGGCCCUGCAAGGAGGAAGGAGGGCAGUGGAUCACUGCUGGGUGUUUAAAAUCCUCCCUUCGUGAAACACAAAGAGGCACCUUGUAAAGGACAAAAGACCAAGCACACAUUCUCUGUGGGCACAGCAUGGUGGUGUUUUCACCUUGGUCUCCUUGCUCAACUCUACAUAAAUCAGAAAGCAAUGUGGGUUAUAAGGAAGAAAAAAGAAGCAAUGGCUAAAAUACCAAAGUUGGCAUGUGUUCUUUCUUUUUUUUAAAAAAAAGCAUAUAUUUUUAAAUAAAAUGUUUAUUUUAAAAAGA